UUUCAUCCGUGUGUCACAUUCCGGAGAUUCCACCCUGUAUCUUCAAGUUUUGAAGAUCUGUUAAAAUUGACAAGAAAGAAAGGGCUAAGGAGUAAAAGGGUGGUGUAAAGUGUGUGUUUUCUGCGCGCACAGCAUCAAUAACAAUUUCUCAAACAGCGUCGCAGAAGAAACACAUUACACUAGGCAGAUAGGUAUGGCUGUAGAUUCAGCUUCAUCAGAGAAGAAAUCAAGCAAUGCAGUGAAUGAGUUGCUGACUUUUAAUGCUGAGAAUAUGCAAAGCAACAUGAAAACUAUCUAUUACAGCCGAACAUUUUUAUCUAUAAUUGGUGGAGUUGUUGCGGGUAUUUUGGGAUUUACAGGCUUGAAAGGAUUUGUGUUUUACUUACUUCUCAUGGCACUUACUUCACUUGGGCUCAUUGCGAAAGCAAGUUUUUCAACCCACACAUACUUUGACUCCUGGAAUCGAGUGCUACUUGACGGCUUUCUUGGUGGCUUAAUGUCGUUCGUGCUUUUCUGGACAUUUGCCUAUGACAUUGUCCACAUAUUUUGAUGGAUGGAAUGUGCAAGUGUUUCAAGUGAAGACUAUUUGGACACCUCUAGCUCUUACCGAUCCUUACUGGAAUACAGUUGCAUUCUACAAUUACUAGAUAGCUUUUGAUGAUAUUCUCGUUUCUAAACUGAGGUUUACUACCAGAGUUUUGUCUGUUUAUGUAUUAUUUACAAUAGUAUCUCAAGUGAGAAGGAGGCUUAAUGCCGUCCAUUAUUUGUGGUUGUCAGAUUGGCUCUAGGUUAUUGUUUUUGAAGUUUGUUUCCUUAUAUAGAUUGCAAUUUCGUCAAAUUUUAUUUUAGGCU